AUGACUUCUGUAAAAGGAUGGUUUGAGGAAAAGAUAAAGAAUGGGUACAUUCGUCAUUUUGAAUAUAAUGAAUUUGACGAAAUCGUCGGCAUUGGUAAAGGAAGUUUCGGUGAAGUGUUUCGAGCAAAUUUGGCUAAUACAGGAUUAUUGGUCGCACUAAAAAUCAUAAUUAGUAAAAGUCAAUAUGAAUCUGAUGAGGUUAAUGAUGAUAUAAUCAAGGAGUUAGAACUCCUUCGCGAGGUUGAUUAUCAUCCAAGAAUCAAUCGUUGUCUUGGAAUAACAAAAGAUCCUAAGAAUUAUAUUUUGGUAUUGGAAUAUGCUAAUGAAGAAAAUUUAAGAACAUAUUUGAAAAAAAAUUUUACUUCUUUGAAAUGGACAGAUAAAAUUCAAAUGGCAUUGGAUAUUACUAGUGGAUUGAAAUUUUUACAUGCUAAAGGAAUAAUCCAUAGAGACUUGCACUCAAAAAAUAUAUUAGUGAAUGAUAGAAAAUUAUUAAUUGCAGACCUUGGAUUAUCUAAAAAGUUGGCAGAAACAACAACUCAGUCAAUGGGUAAUCAUUGUGGGAUGGAUGAAUAUAUUGAUCCACAAUGUUUUAAGGAUAGGAAGUAUAAAAAAAAUAAAAAGUCUGAUAUCUAUAGUUUAGGUGUUUUAUUAUGGGAAAUUUCAAGCGGACGUCCUCCUUUUUCUGAAAGUUCACGAAAUUUAAUUACCCAUUACAUUACUAAGGGUGAUAGAGAAGAUCCAAUUGAAGGUACACCUCUAAAGUACCAACAACUUUAUCAAGAAUGCUGGGAUGAAAACCCAGAAUCAAGGCCCGAUAUUGAAAAAGUACGUGAAAUUCUAAGUAAAUUAUGUACUGAAGAUUCCUUUGAUCUACAAUCUCCACAACCUAAUAUAAACAAUAUUGAUGACAAAAGUAAGUCAAAAGUUGACGAUGAUGACGAUUUAUAUAUUCAUUCUGAUCUAAAUUCAAGAAUUCCACUUGAAGUAAUUGAAAAUAUUUCAAAUAUUUUUGAAGAAGUCGACAAAGUAGUAGAAGCUGCUGAACAUUAUAAACGAACUUGUAAAAUAUUAAAAAAGCGAGUUAAUGCUGCAGAACUAGCCGUACGAGAUCUUAAAAGAAAUAUAGAAGAUAGAAAAGAAUUAUUUAAUAGUAACAAUUAUUCAUACUUACGAAAUUUAUUUGAUACUAUAACACGAAUUAAAAAAUUUAUAUCAGAAAUUUCUCAAAUGGAAUCUUUGAUAAAAUAUAUUAAAGAGAAAAAUAUUGAGGAUACUUUUAAGGAAUUAUGUGAAGAAUUUGAUAGUUGUAUUAAAUUAUUGUCUUUUUCUAUUGACGUUAAAAUUGCUGAUGAACUUGAACAAUUAAAAGCCGAUCAAGAUGAUUUAACUAAGUAUAUACAUAUUAGUGAGGGUCAACCUGAUCAAAGCGAUCAUAGCUCUCGUGCAAAUUUAUCGAGUUUAGAUUCUGAUGAUAACGACGUUAGACUUGACGAAUCUCUUCGACCAUCAGAUAUAUGCAUUAAUUUUCCAGUCGCUGAAAUUACUUUUACUGCUGAUUUACCAGAAUCUUUUUCAAACUUUAUGAAUAAUGAUGAAGGAAAAUUAUAUGAAACGCUUGGUCAUCUAUUUCCAAUAAGGAUUUUAAUUGGUGAUAAAAUUCAGGAAAACAACUUAAGUGAACUUAAAGAGGAGCUUAUAAAUGAAUCAAUUGAAAAAUGUAAAAAGGAAAUAAGUUUGAUACAUGAUCUUAAUAGAAAAUUGAUGGAUAAUAUUUAG